AUGCCAUUGACACGAGAUCAAAUGGCCGAUGUUAAAUUAAUAAAGCAAACCAUUGAAGAAUUGCUCAGUGAUGAUAAAUUCUUAACGCUUAUUUCUAAUAAAAUCGAACAGAAACUGGGUAUAAAGGAAUCUCAACAAAAAAUGGUCGAGCUAGAAAAACAAAUAGUGGACCUGAGACAUGCUAAGAAUAAACUAGAGUGUGAUUUGGAAAAAUUUCAAUAA